ACUGGCAGGGCUCUCUGCAUUUUCAUCACAGUCUGAGGGGCUGUUCCUCUUUAAAGGAGUAAUGGACAGAGGAGGGGGCCUUCAAAGUGCAGCGGAGGGUGAACUGAGUGAAGCUCUCUUGUCCAGUACAGUGGUGUCCUGCGGUCAUGCGUCCCAAAAGCAAAUCCUUGCUGGACCUGUGGGUCGAGAACCGGGAGGCACCAGCGAAGGAUGCCGAGGACCUUUCGACGCGUCUUCGCAAGCUGUCACUCCUGAGAGACCGUGACCUGGUCACAUCUAUCGCACGGCAGAAUGUCAAGAUGGCCGGCCUGGUCCCUCCCACAGGGACCGACGUGUUUCGCCGCUUCACCCCGGAGUCGCUGGCGGAGAUCGAGAAGCUGGCUGAGAAAAAUGUGCAGACGGAGGGGACGAAGAACGCAGAGGUGGCCAAGGAGGACCUGCCCAAGCCCAGCAGUGACCUGGAGGCGGGCAAGAACCUGCCGUUCAUCUACGGAGACCCGCCACCCGAGCUGCUCAACGUUCCCCUGGAGGACCUGGAUCCUUUCUACAAAGCACAGAAAACCUUUAUUGUCAUCAACAAAGGGAAUACAAUCUUCAGGUUUAAUGCUGAACCUGCCUGCUAUCUUCUGAGCCCUUUCAACAUUCUUAGAAGAGGAGCCAUCAGAGUCCACAUACAUUCAAUUUUUCGUGUGUUCAUCAUGCUAACUAUUGUGUUACACACUCUGUGGCUGUCAGUCUCCUAUCCCCCAGCUUGGUUAGAAAGACAUGCAGAGUAUGUAUUUACUGGUAUUUUUACCUUUGAGGCAGUACUCAAAGUGCUGUCUCGAGGCUUCUGUGUGGGCCACUUUACAUACCUGCAUGAUCCAUGGAACUGGCUGGAUUUCCUUCUGAUUACAAUGGCGUACGCCAACGAAUUCAUCGGCCUGCCCAAUCUCGCUGCCCUCCGGAUGUUCCGCGUGCUUCAAACACUGGAAAGCCCUGCUCUGAAAAUCUUCACGGGGGCCCUGAUCCAGUCGGCGAAAAAGCUGGCUGGCGUGAUGUUCUUCAUCAUCUUCUGCCUCAGUGUCCUCGCCCUCAUUGCGUUGCAGCUCUUCAUGGGCAGCCUGCGCCAGAAGUGCAUCAUGUGGUCUAUAAAUGAGACAAAUGAGUCCAGUUAUGCCACUUCCCCCUCCCUCUACCCUACGGAUGGCCCCGACUCAUUCGACUUCGAUGUCUACAUGAACAACCAAGAGAACUACUACUAUUUUCCUGGACACUUGGACGCUCUUCUUUGUGGAAACAGCUCUGCUGCUGGAAAAUGCCCAGAGGGCUACGUGUGUAUGAAGGCUGGACGAAACCCAAACUAUGGCUACACAAGCUACGAUAACUUCGGCUUGGCUUUCCUGGCUGUCUUCCGUCUUAUGACACGGGACUUCUGGGAGAAUCUGUUUCAGCUGACAAUGCGCGCAGCGGGACAGUCCUUCAUGCCCCUCUUUGCCGUCGCCAUCUUGGUCGGCUUCUAUCUCAUCAACCUCGUCUUGGCCGUGGUGGCCAUGGCGUACGCGGAGCAGAACGCAGCUGCCAUUUCGGAGGCCCGGGAAAACGAAAAGGAGUACCAGAGGAUUCUGAGGCAGCUGAAGAAGCGGGAGGCGCAGGGAAUGGAGAAGAAGAAUGAGAAAGAGGAGAUGUCCAGUACAAGGCCCAGUUUGCUUGAACUGGACAAACCAAGCCUGCGUAAAAGAGCCUCUCGUGAGGUUAGUGGGGCCAGCAAAGAGAUCAAAGAGCUUGAGGAGACCAAGAGACCACCGGGGUGCUACAAGUGUGCCAGCAUUUUCCUGAAAUGGGACUGUUGUGGUCCGUGGAUCGUCUUUAAAAAAUGGGUGCACUUUGUGGUGAUGGACCCAUUCAUGGACUUAUUCAUCACCAUCUGCGUAAUCAUCAACACUGUGUUCAUGGCUUUGGAGUGUUACCCCAUGUCGCCGGAGCACGAGGAACUUCUGAGUUUUGGAAACCUGGUUUUCACUUUCAUCUUCGCUGCUGAGAUGGUCGUCAAAAUCAUUGCCAUGGACCCAUACUAUUAUUUCCAGGUUGGGUGGAACAUUUUCGACAGCAUUAUUGCCACUCUGAGCCUGCUGGAGCUGGGUCUGGCUGAUGUUGAGGGCCUGUCUGUGCUCAGGUCAUUCCGUUUGCUGCGUAUCUUUAGGCUGGGGGAGUCGUGGCCUGCCUUCAAUAUGCUCAUAAAAAUCAUGAGGAACUCGGUGGGUGCCCUUGGCAAGGUCACCCUGGUGCUGGCCGUAACGGUCACAACCUUCGCCAUGGUGGGCGUGCAGCUGUUCGGUAAGAGCUACAGGGACUGCGUGUGCAAGAUCGCCCAGGACUGCGAGCUGCCGCGCUGGCACAUGCACGACUUUUUCCACUCCUUCAUGCUGGUCUUCCGCAUCCUCUGUGGGGAGUGGAUUGAGACCAUGUGGGACUGCAUGGAGGUGGCUGGCCCGGCCAUGUGCGUAGUUUUCUACAUCACGGUCCUGGUCAUCGGUAAUCUGGUGGUGGUUAACCUGUUCAUGGCCCUGCUGUGGAACUCUUUCCGUGGGAACUAUCCGGCCAUGUACAGCGAGGCCAGAAAUAUGGUGAACAUGCAGAUUGCCAUGAAGAGGAUCAGCAGGGGCUUCGCCUGGGUCAAAGCCUUCAUCAUCAGGCCAACGAAUAGUCCGCUGGGAAUGAAGCUGAAGGCGGGAAAGGAUGGAGACAGAGACGAAGGCGACGCCAAGAAGGAAAACCUCGCCCUGGAGCAUGUGGGCAUCGACUGCUCCCUUGCCGUGCCCAUUGCCAAGGCAGAGUUGGACUUGGAUGAUGAAAAUGAUACCGAUGCACUCAAAAACGGGAAUGCAGAGAAAUCCCCACAGUGCAGCGCUGUGGACCGCAAACCAGAGGAGGUGGCCAUUGCAACAGAAAAGGACGGUCCACAGGACUGCUUCACCAAAGGAUGCAUCAGGCGUUGCCCGUGGCUGAAGGUGGACAUCACGCAGGGCCGUGGGAAGACGUGGUGGAACUUCAGGAGGACGUGCUUCGUCAUUGUGGAGCACAGCUGCUUCCAGGCUUUCAUCACCUUUGUCAUCCUGGUCAGCUGUGGAGCUCUGGCUUUUGAGGAUAUGUACCUUGAGCAGCGUAAAGUUUUAAGCAUCAUCCUGGCAUAUGCUGAGCUAGUCUUCACUAGCGUGUUCAUUCUUGAAAUGCUCCUAAAAUGGUUGGCAUAUGGUUUCAAGACCUACUUCACCAGUGCCUGGUGUUGGCUGGAAUUCCUUAUUGUAAAUGUUUCUCUCCUAAGCAUGAUGGUUACUCUGGGCUUCCCCGUGUUUGGAUCUGUCAAUGUUUUGAGAGCUCUCAGGAUCCCAUCCAGAAUUGAGGGGACGAGGGUUGUGCUGAACACUCUUGUUGGGGCCAUUCCCUCCCUCUUCAACGUUGUCCUGGCCUGCAUCACUUUAUGGCUCAUCUUCAGUAUCAUGGGAGUCAACCUGUUUGCUGGGAAGUUCUACUAUUGCAUGAACACCACCAGCGAGGAGAUGUUCCACGCAUUUGACAUCAACAACCACACAGAGUGCUCCAAUUUAAUCUUCAUGAACUUCACUGGAGUAACUUGGGAGAAUAGGAUGGUGAACUUCGACAGCGUUCCCAUGGGCUACCUCUCUCUCCUGCAAGUGGGAACGAAUAAAGGCUGGUUGGACAUCAUAUAUGCAGCAAUGGAUGCACGUUCAGUCGAAGAUCAGCCUGUGUAUGAAGAAAACCUCUACAUAUACCUCUACUUUGUCUUCUUCAUUUUUGGGUCCAUCUUCACCUUAUGUUUUUUCCUCGGUGCUUAUAUUGACUACUAUAACCAGCAAAAAAAAAAGUUAGGAGGGCAGGAUCUCUUCAUGACAGAGGGACAGAGAAAGUACUGGAUGAAAGAACUGGACUCUAAAGAACAGAGGUCCAUUCCCAGACCUCAGAACUGUCUCCAAGGCCUGGCAUUUGACUUCGUCACAAAGCCAUUCAUUGAAAUCUUCAUGAUGGUUCUGCUUUGCAUCUACAUGGUGAUCUUGAUGACGGAGACUGACGAUCAAAGUCUGGAAAUGGAGAUUUUCCAGUACUUUGGCACUCUGGUCUAUGUCCUGAUCUUAAUCAUCGAGUGUGCCCUCAAAAUAUUUGCACUCAGACAAUAUUUCUUCAACGUAGGAUGGAAUAUCUUUGAUUUUGUGGUGGUCAUUCUCUCCAUACUGAGUGUUGUGCUGGCGGACCUCAUAGAGAAGUACUUUGUGUCGCCUACACUUUUCCGUAUAAUGAGAGUGGCCAGAAUUGGCUGUAUCCUGCGUCUCAUCAGGGGAUUAGAGGGCAUCAACAAGCUUCUAAGGGCUCUGAUGAUGUCACUUCCUGCCAUCUUUAAUUUUGUCCUGCUCCUCUUCAUAAAUAUGUUCAUCUUCUCCAUCAUCGGCAUGUCACUGUUUGCUCAUGUGAAGAAAAUGCAUGGAAUGAAUGACAUGACAAACUUUGAGACAUUCGGCAACAGCAUGUUGUCCAUGUUUCAGACCACAACAUUAGCAGGCUGGGAUGGACUUCUCCUUCCCAUUCUGCACAGUGGGUCUCCGGACUGCGACCCUUAUUUUGAGAAUCCAGGCACUAGCGUGAGGGGAAACUGUGCCAGCCCCACCCUAGGCAUCAUCUUCUUCUGCAGCUACAUCAUAAUUUCCCUUCUAAUUGUGGUCAACAUGUACAUCGCCAUCAUCCUAGAGAACUUCAAAGUGACUACCAAGGAGAGUGCCGACCCGCUGUGCGAGGACGACUUUGAGAUGUUCUAUGAGACUUGGGAGAAGUUUGACCCGGAUGCCACCCAGUAUGUGGACUAUAGCCAGCUGUCGGAUUUCUGUGAUGCAUUGAAGGACCCUCUGAGGAUCCCCAAGCCCAACACCAUUAAGCUGAUCACAAUGGACCUACCCAUAGCCCCCGGUGACAAGAUCCACUGCCGGGACAUCCUGAUGGCUCUAACCACAGAGGUGCUGGGUGAUUCGGGGGAGAUGGACUCCCUAAAGACCAGCAUAGAGGAGAAGUUCAUGAUGAAAAACCCUUCCAAGCUGGCCUACGAGCCCAUCACCACCACCUUGAGGCGCAAACAGGAGGAGGUGGCCGCCAGCAUCAUCCAGCGAGCCUGCCGCAAGCACCUACCAAAGUUUUGUGAGAAGAUGGCUAAGGCAAAGGAGGACAAGGAGCAGCCAGAGAAAGAGAGAAUGACUGCCAAACCGAUCAAUUCCCUCUACGGCAGUCAGGCAGCUAAGGAGGACCUAGCGACCAUGGAAGCCCAACCCUUAAUGGGCUCUGUGGAUAGCCAGCCUGAGGCAGACCCAAAGGACAUUCAGUCCAGUGGAGCCCCAGUACACGUCAUGACCAAGGUGAUUCUGCGUUCUGCCACAUCCUCCAUCCCCCAACCCACCGUACCUGCAAGCAACUCGACAGACUCUGACAUUUAAAACCAAAAUCAAGAAUAAUGCAUCUUGGUCUUCCAGUUAGAAGAGCUGUUGACAUCCUUGUCAAGACUGGUCAUUCCUCCCAGCGCUGGAUUUCCUUUGUUAUGAUUUGUGUAGUUAAGGAGAGGAGGAAGGCGCUAAGUCUCCACAGUAUGGCUAACCCUCCGGAACAGGACAAUCUGAAGUACUUGACAGGGAUUUUAAAUUUCCUGUAACUAAUAUAACACAGCCAAAGAUGUCAAUAAAAAGUAAUGAAGCAGGGUUUAUUUUUAAGAAUGAAUGAAUGAAGACGAUCCAUUGAUGUUGUGAUGUAUCUUUUUCUGAGGCAAUCCGUUAAAGGCUGCUUUUUCUCUAGUUAUCAGCCCCAUUGGGGUGAUAACUAGAGAAAUCAGCCCCAAUUUCUCUAAUGGAUGUGUAUAUGUCUUUGUUUCCUCCAAAAGAGGAUGCCAAAUCGGGUGUAAAUAUCAGCACCUGUACCUUUCAUAGAGACAGAUGGUAUUUCCAUUUAUUCAGCAAUUUGAGUGAUUUGCAGUACUGUAUGAAAGGGGAAAACUAAAGCAUAGCAUAUGUAUGUGAACAACAUUUUUCAUAAAAUGAUUUUCAUACCUUUCCUAAUGAACUUAUUAAAAGGCACAAUGGUUAGUUAUGUCCAUUUAAGAAAUAUAACAAAAAUGCUCCUCAAAAUAUUUCUUUAAAUAUUUAGUGGGUUUUCUUAAAAAUGUAAUUGUCAUCACAAAGUUCUAUACAUUCCAUAUGUAUGUAUAAAUUCAGGUUACUGAUUAUUGUCACUGUAAUGUAAUGUGUCACACUGUUCGAUUAGACACUGUACGUUUCAGUGUAUGAUAUGAUGCACAUAUAAUGUCAUACAAAAAACAUUUAUCUCAAAUAAAAACAAGCAUUCCUGUAAGAAUUAAUUAGCAAUUUUCAUAAAAUAGUCAUGCCUAAACAAAAUAAGCCUGCUUGCAUUUUAUGUACUUUGUAUGCAUAUAUAUGUUUAUAUAAUUAUCUUGCAUAUAAAUCAUGUAAUAUUCUUUCUUUAUUACAAACAGGAUCUUAAAGUCACUAGCCUGUAAGAGUAUAGUAAAUCUAAAACACUAUUUGCCUCAGUUUGCAUUUGCAUUAAAACAAGUAAAAACAAUCUCAUGACACAAUUACCUGUAUGCAUUAUUAUUAAUAAAAUAUCAAGUAUCCAUUUGGAUGGGUUUGGUUUUAUACUCAUGCAAUUUUUAUCUAGCUGAUACAACUUUUAUUUGAUGCUGAACAUUUUAAGUUCUCCAGAUUAAAUGGGACAAUGGCUAUUGAACUUUUUCUUGUUUGAAUGUGAUAUUCCAUCUAUAUUUUAGUUUUAUAUCAUUACUAAUUAACAAAUAUGUCACCCUUGUGGUUUCUUUCUUUCAAACAAUUCUUUUUUUACCACUCUGAGGCCUUUUUUCAUGACUAUUAUUAUGUUCAUGUUAUGUGAUUAUGAAUCUGUUAACAUUCAAAUAAAUGGAUUCUUUUU